CAUCAGUGUCGGACACGUAGUGGGAACGAGCAGGUCCCGAUGCACAAGUCACGGCAACCCUGGGCGGAGAUGAAGGCGGACUCCGACUGGCUCUGAUUUUUAAAAGCCCUUUUCAUUCAGGAGGUUGGUUGCCAGUUGUUAUCAAUAUGGCAGAACCGUUAUCCCAAGCACCCACCGAUGCAAAAAUGGCGUCACUUAACCGGGUCCGAGCUUUGGCGAUGAUUUUCUUAACUGUCACUGGCUGCUGUGUCACCCCGACAAGUGGCAAGGAAGGGUCCGAGGAGACCGUCAUCAUAGGGCUCCGACUGGAGGACACGGACGACAUUUCCUUCAUGGAUAAGGGCUACCUGCGGGUGAGUGAGCGCUCUCGGGUAAAAUUAAGAGUGUACGGGCAGAACAUCAACAACGAGACCUGGUCCAAAAUUGCUUUCACGGAACAUGAGCGGAGCCGGGUGAUUGGGAGCAUUGACAGCUCCUCGGGGGAUAACCAGAGCCAGGAGGACUCGUCCGGCUUGCACCCCUGUGGUUUUAGGACUUCGGAUAUAAUGAUAUUGCCCUACAUCAUCCUGAAUCGAAAGACAUCCGGUAUAGUUGAAAUUGAGGUCAAACCUUUGCGAAAGACGGAGAGGAGUAAAACGUAUUACCUUUGCAUCGCCACCUCGACACCAGCCGUGGCCGGGAUGCACGACCCGCGGACGGAGAACACCUGGAUCUACCACGAUGGGGAUGACACCAAAGUGAUAGUGGUGGAGGAGAAAAAGUUUCUGCUGCCUUUCUGGCUCCAGGUCAUCUUCAUCUCCAUGUUGCUUUGCCUGUCCGGUAUGUUCAGCGGGCUGAACCUGGGGCUCAUGGCUCUGGACCCCAUGGAACUCCAGAUAGUGCAGAACUGCGGCACGGAAAGGGAGAAGAAUUACGCCAAAAAAAUAGAGCCGGUCAGGAGCCAAGGGAAUUAUUUGCUAUGCUCUCUUCUGCUCGGGAACGUGUUAGUGAACACCACGCUAACCAUCUUGCUGGAUGAUAUCGCCGGUUCGGGCUUGAUUGCUGUUGUCAUGUCCACCAUCGGUAUAGUCAUUUUUGGGGAAAUUGUGCCACAGGCCAUCUGCUCCAGGCACGGCCUCGCUGUGGGAGCCAACACCAUAUUCCUCACCAAGUUCUUCAUGCUGCUUACCUUCCCUGCGUCCUACCCAGUCAGUAAGCUGCUGGACUACCUGCUCGGACAGGAGAUAGGAACCGUGUACAACAGAGAGAAGCUUCUGGAGAUGCUGCGCGUCACGGACCCCUACAACGAUCUGGUGAAAGAGGAGCUGAACAUCAUCCAGGGCGCGCUGGAGCUCAGGACUAAGACUGUAGAGGACGUGAUGACGCCGCUGAGGGAUUGCUUCAUGAUUCCUGGGGAUGCAACGCUGGACUUCAAUACCAUGUCCGAGAUAAUGAAGAGCGGCUACACGCGCAUCCCCGUUUUCGAGGGCGAGAGGUCCAAUAUAGUGGAUCUGCUCUUGGUCAAGGACCUGGCCUUCGUGGACCCGGAUGAUUGCACUCCGCUCAAAACCAUCACAAAGUUUUACAGCCACCCGUUGCAUUUUGUGUUCAAUGACACCAAGCUUGACGCAAUGCUGGAGGAGUUUAAAAAAGGAAAAUCCCACCUGGCCAUAGUUCAGAGGGUGAACAAUGAAGGUGAGGGAGACCCUUUCUACGAAGUUCUGGGUAUUGUCACCCUGGAGGACGUUAUUGAAGAAAUCAUCAAGUCAGAGAUCCUCGACGAGACUGACCUAUACACUGACAACAAGACAAAGAAGAAAAUCACACAUCGGGAAAGAAAGCAGGAUUUCUCGGCCUUCAAGCCUACCGACAAUGAAAUGAAGGUUAAAAUAUCACCUCAGCUUCUGCUGGCUACCCUGCGUUUCCUAGCAACAGAGGUUGAGCCAUUUGCACCGAUGCAGAUGUCAGAAAAGAUUCUGCUGCGCUUGUUGAAGCAUCCAAAUGUGAUCCAGGAGCUAAAAUACGAUGAUAAGAACAAGCGGGCACCAGAGCACUACCUCUUCCACAGGAACAAACCUGUGGAUUAUUUCAUCCUCAUCCUGCAGGGGAAGGUGGAGGUGGAAGCAGGAAAAGAGGGGAUGAAGUUUGAAGCGGGACCAUUCUCCUUCUAUGGGAUAAUGGCUCUGACAGCCUCACCAGUGCCUCUGUCACUGUCUCGUACAUUUGCAGUCAGUAGGGCUGAGUCAUUAGCAGGAUCUCCAGAGAAUAAAUCUCCUCCACGGCCAUUUGGACUGAAUCACUCCGAUUCUCUGAACAGGAGUGACCGUAUAGAUGCCAUCACCCCGACUCUGGGCAACAGCAACAACCAGCUCAACUCCUUCCUGCAUAUAUAUGUGCCUGAUUAUUCUGUCAGAGCACGCUCAGACCUGCAGUAUAUAAAGGUGACGCGACAACAGUACCAGAACGCUGUGAUGGCGUCGCGGAUGGACAAGACUCCGCAGUCGACAGACAGUGAGUUCACUAAGAUCGAACUCACGCUAACAGAGCUCCACGAUGGAGUGGAGAACCCAGCUGUGGUCACCGCCACGGCUACCACCACUAUCACCACCCCUGUUGUGGCCUUUGCCGUGGCCAACGAAACGUCCCACCUGCUCAACCAGCAGCAGAACUGUGUGGGUCUUAGCAGGAGCAACCACUCCUCCCACAAUGAGGGACCCAUCUAGCCCCGCCGAGCCCGGUGGAGACCCAGACCCUCCACCCUGUCUUGUGGAAACACACACACACACACAGUGAUGUAGAUGAAGAUGAGGGAACGUGGGGAAGCGGAGGCAGGUGGAGUGAGGGUUCUGCUCCAAUCAGUAGCCCCCAGUCAGUCAGGCAGUGAGACCCUUUCAUGAAGGGGCUAUGGGGAAGAUGGGUGCUGUGUCACCCUGAACACCCCCACCUGAACCCUGUCAGAAUCCCUGCUGUACUACACCCUCUUCCGGAGGGUGCACUCGGACAGUACCGUGUUACUGAGCUUCGUUUUUUUGGGACAAUCGGACACUGUCAAAGCGGUAUCUUGAACAGAGUGCAUACACGCACGCACACACACAUAACACAGCACUUGCUGUACUUGCUCCUCAGGCCAAAGACUUUGGUCCCCCCCCCCCCCUUUCGUACACUGUUUAUGCACACAUACACUCUCAAACACAUUCACAAUCAUGCACAGAAGGAAAUGCAACUCCCCCACCGGUGCAUCUUUCAGGGAGGCUCAGUCAACUGUUGAUCCCAUCAGCAAGGGCUCAAACCCAAACAUGCAGAGAGGUUAGUCAAAGACUGCACCAAAAACCGCUUUGGAAGAAACCGUUAAACCACGAACCAAGAAUGUUUUCCUGUAUUUAUUUAUUUUAUAAUAUUGUAUGUAUAUAUGUUUGCGUGAAGAUAUGAUAUAUAUAUUAAGAAAACUGGCAUAUGAGCAUGCAUUAGUGUGCUACAGAAGUAGAAUAUGCUACAUAUAUGGGGAUGAACAUCCAUUCUUGUAUAGUGCAUUCAGAAAGAUUUCACAGUCUUUGAAGUUUUGUUGUUUUGAAGAUUUUUAAAGUAGAUUUUUUUUUCUGACAGUCUACACAUAACAAUACACCGUGAAGAAAAAUCAAGAACAGGUUACUGAGGUGCUAUGUAAAUUAAUUGCAAAUAACACUCAAAUAUUCCAGGAUAUCAGUAUUCAGAUACCUUACCUAGUACUUUCCUUAGAACAUUGCAGAGCUUUGGUGUGCACCAACUAUCAGGUCUGUCCAGAGGUGCUGUAUUGGGAUCAGGUCCUGACUUUAGUUGGGCCACUCUACAAAUCCACUACUAUAUGUUACUGAGAUUCUGAGCUCUCUGUAAAAGUUUUUCACUCAGGACUGCACUGGAUAUAAUUCUGCAUCCAUCUUUCCACAUAUCUUUACUAGCCUCCCAAUCUGUGUCACAGAAAAGAGCUUCCCCAGAGCACGUGUUUGACUGCAGGAAUAGCAUUAACGAUUGUUGCCCAAUAAUUGUGUGUCUUGUGGUCUGAGAUCUUGUCAG